GACUGGUUGACUAGUAAUUAUGGCUUAUAAACAACCAAUGCCGAGGGCGCAGCCCGAGGCUGAGGUUGUUUAUAAACCAUAAUUACUAGGCAACCAGUCAACAACUGAUUUAUUUACUGCAAAAACAGCAAAACAGUCAUUUGAACAUCAGUGGAGACAGUCAAACUUGCUCUCACAGCCUCAGAAUUAUGCAGUUAGAACAGUUACAGGCAUAGAACUAGCAGUACUACUGUGGAGCUACAUGAGCUAGCUAGGUUCAGCUAGCUGGAAGCCAUGCAUAAACUUUGACCAGACCCGCCCACCACUAAAUGCAGCUGCGAGGUUUGUACAUGUAGCUAGCUACCUGUACUGUACUGUAGCUCUGAACUAGUCUGUUAUUGUCAACAACACCACAGUCUACUUGUAAUCCUCUACUUCUGAGCCACAGCCUUGACUACUGAGAAAGCACAGAGCAAGAAUUUGACCACAGGCUUCAGCUAGUUCAGUUCAAUACUGUCAAGCUUACACAACAUUUUUGAAUUUUAUUGUGUGCAAUGUACCAAAUUUUGUCAAGAUGCAUCAUAUCAAUUCAAAUCUGCUGAGGAAGUAGAUUAUAAGAAUAGUGCCUGGGGGAAGUAAUUAUAUAAUAUAAUUACUGGACAUCACCUAGGAUACGGACUGAAUCAGUAAAUAAGUGCAUUUAGUUACUAGUAGCCCAGAAUCCAGCAAUCUGAUUGGUCAGUACAGGGUUUAUAUUUCCCAUAUUAACCUGUAAAUUCUCAUAUAAACCUGUAAUUUUCAUGUUCACAACAACCAUUCAUUAUUAAUUUUUGUGUUUUUCAAACAUGUUUUUUGUAUAUUGUAUUAUAAAAAACAAUGAGAAGUAACUGUUUUGUUUUGGUAAUGACAAAAAAUUAUAAUGUUCAGUCGCUGUUAAUACGUUGGUUGUUGGAUGUAGGCAUAUAGAGAGAUUGAUGGUAUACGUUGCAGGCACUAAAGUUAAAGUUUGGAGGCAUAAAUUGACAGCAGUUGGUUUGUGAGUUUUGUUGCACUGCCAUCUGUGAGUGAUCAGUGUGUGCCAGUAUGUUAAUUGGCUUUACGUUGAGGAUGUCUGAAACUGACUUCUUUUGACACUCAGAAGUUCUCUUGUAGCUGCGAACUCCUUCCAAGCUUCGGUGUCCAGUUGUUUCCAUUAUUAUUUGUUCGUCCACUCCAGCGUUGUAGAGUCUAGUAGCAGCAGUUGCACGGAGUAUGUAUUAAAGGUUCAGCCUUCUUUUGUGACCCUAGUCCAGCUCUCUGCAAGCGCUUCAUUUCGGAGUCUAGGCACACUCGAAAGUCAGCAAAACAAGCAUCCUUGAACAGGUCAAUCCCGGGAUUUCCAUUCUAAUUAUUCACCUUAUGCAGAUAUCACUAUCCAAACUGUACACUGCACCUGCCGUGAUAAGAGGCCUGCAGACACUUUGCUUCAUUCGCUUUGAGUUAGGUAGAGAAGAUUGUGCAGGUUCUGUUGGCUUGUCCAGCUCCUCCUCCUUUCUUUGUUCGAGUAGCCAGCUCCGCCUCCACAUUUAGAGGGCGGGGUCUAUGGGCUCGGUCAUUAUUAUGCCAAGUACUUCUUCAGAAAAGAGCUUGUCUAGGCCUAGGUCUUCGUCAGCGUCCAUUCUUUCGAUACUGGCGUCUAGAAGAGAGAAGAGAUGGAGCUGUGUCUAGAGUUGUCUCUGUCUUUUUUUGUGCAGUUUAUAUUGUGUUACUAGGACAGUGUUAUGUUGCUAUGCCCUAGGGAUAUAAACUAGUUAUAACACGUGCACUCGGGCUGCAUGGCAUAUAUUGCACUCAGCCCUCGGGGCUGGCGCCCUCGUGCUUCAGUGCAAUAUAUUCCAUACAUCCCUUGUGCCCGUGUUAUAACUAUAACAUAAUCCUGGUGCAAUAUAUGGUUGCUAUGGUAGUGAUACAACAUGUCAUAUACAGACCACUGGAUUGUUUUCACUUCACUGGGAAACAAGAGCUGUUAAUUCUUGUCUUUAUUUUCUCCUUUUAUUGUUCCUGCAUGUUAUUUACAUCUGUAUUAUUGUGGAGAAAAAGACAAGAGACAAGAGACAAGAGACAUAAUGCCUGCUCAUUUACACAGUAGAACAUGCAAUACUCUCAAAUUAUUGUGUUUUCCUGCUUUUGUAUAAGCAAGAAGGCCAAAGAAUUCUUGAUAUAAAAGAUGUUGUGUCUGUUAGUAUCAAGUAUAAGUAUGAGCAUUGCAUGUUAUCAAGCUAGGGGCUACCUUUUAAAGAAAGUUCUGUUUGUAAAUGUUCAUGCAUGCUAAGCCGGCUUGCAAGUUUGUGUGUGUCUGAAAGGGAUCAUGCACUAAUUCAGUAUUCGUCAUGUCAACUAUUUUCAAAUAAUAAUUACAUUACAGAUGAUUACAUUAGUUGCACUAGACUAUUGUCUCACGUGUGCGUAUAGAAGUGUGUUUAUAAUGAAAAUGAAUGCCUUUGUUAUGACUUUUUCUUCCAUAUUAGGGCAUGUUACAUGUGUUUUAUGUGUGUGUUACGUGUGUGUUGUCAGUAGUUUAGCUUCUAUUGCCACCAGCUUCGCAGUACUCUGAUCAAAGGUGUAAGGCAUACCAAAACAUCUUAACAAUGGCUACCGUCCUCUCAAUGAAGCCGCUGGAGGAGCUCUGUCUCACUUACGUAGCAAUGACACUGGAGCAAUACUCGGCUGACUCUCUGUCACUACUGCCUAAAGGUUUCAGAUUACAGCUACUCCACAUGAUACCAAUUAUUGACAUUUGUCGACUGGAAGAUACUGCAUUCACCUCGGGCAUUGAUAUUAAGUCUGUUUGGACAGCUCUUGACAAAGAAUACAUAGAUACAGAUUGUUACGGUUCAUGUUUGGACAGGAGAGAAUCAAUUUUAAUGAGACUUUCUGUUGCCAUUAUUAAAGGGGAGCGGCCAUAUGGAUAUUAUCAGGUUCUGAGUCGAAAGAAUACGCGUACACCAUGGAUUGGUAGCAAUAUAAAUGAAGAUCGUCCUGUUAGCGAGCAUGAAGUGGACUUUGUUAAUUAUUUGGUAGCAGUAAAACGCCAAAUUCCAGUGGAAACUGCUGAGGUGAAAACAGAUUAGAUCGAGGACAAAAAGGAUGAUUAUCAUAGAGCUAGACGUCAGUAUGGACCAGUUGAUGCUACAAUGACCCGCCACGAAGUGACUUUGGUCAAGGGAUCAGUACCUCCUGGUAAGGCUUACCAUGAAGCCUGUUGGGCUAAACAGCUUGUCCCACCUCGAUACACAAAGUUCUUCUCUGAAGGAAGCUCCUACUUACCAGACUCUACUGCACUGAAGCUGAUUGCUGAAAAAUGUCACUUUCAGCCAAAAGAUGUGAUUGUACAUGUACCAACUUUCAGUACAUUCGUUCUCAACAUGGAGCAAGAAUUAGGCAGUGUCGAUUGUUUGGGAGAUUGCUUCAAAGAUGUUGAGUCUCUAACCAUUCAAGGUGAGACGGAACAAUGCCAGAUGGCAACCAUUAUUCGGGAAGCUAAAUGUGAAAAACGUAGUGACAUUGCUUGCUGUGCUCUUGGCUUGAUACUGUUGACACCCAAUCCCAAACUGACAAGCCUCACGAUUAAGCUUAGUACCACUGAUAAUGUGAUACAUUCGAUUACACCAGCUCUGAAUGCUUAUGGUGGCUUAAAGGAACUCACUCUUCAAGCUUAUGGUGAUGUUUCUCUAGAUUUUCAGAAUUUAAUUUCGAUAACUGAACACCAACCUUUACUUCACACUGUGUCGAUAUUGACCGCUAAACAAACUCAUACCUACAACACGUUUCAUAGGGUUACUCAUUAUCUAAAGUUAUCUGAGGUGUAUUUCAUUUCUUGGCUUCAAACAUGUUUCAAGAAACCGUUGUUGCAAAACCUAAAGCUCACAUUAAAUUUUGAGUCGUUAUCUUCGAAGUUUAUCUUCCAAGUCGUUACUGAUUUUCUCUCAACACCAUGCUCACACGAACAAACUCUCACCAUCCGAUGUGAUCUCGAAGAACUCCUAACCCACCAGCUAUCAAUUGCAAGUUGCCUCCCAAACCUCCUCGUGUUGUCAAAUCAGAGCUGCCUUUUUCCGCCCAAAUGUCCUAAAUUGACGCCACCACCGCUACCACCCAAACCGAUCCAUUCGAGUAAACCCAGAGACAUUUCCACCAUGCCCAUUCAUCAGUUUGACGAUGCUUGCACUAUAAAGUAUAAAUGUUUGACCUUUGAUUCUUGUAAAAUUGACCCUUUGUUUGUGAAAGCCUUCGUGGAACUGGCCCCUUUGAAGCUCAAAAAUAUGUCAAUUCUUAAAGACAUAUUUUGUAAACACUCCACUGAAUUGCUUUCACAGCUUUCCCAACACCCGCUCAUUGAAAUGGAGUCACUAGAAGGGAGCUGGAAAAGAUUGAUGCAUCUAAUUUUGACUCCUUACUGCAAAAGAAAGAGUUGAAAUAUGUGAUCGUUACGUGUUCUGUCAGUUGUUUUACCAAGCUCUCUGGCAUCUCUUUAUGCCGAGGUUUCAAGAUUAAAACGAUAGUCGAGACUCCCAGGUACAAAGUCAUGUUCACUCUUUCUAGAAAUUGAUUUUAGUCGAAUAUUAUUGUAACUUUAGACUCAGUUUUCAUUUGAUCUAUUCACAUGCACUCUUACUCAAAUAAUCACACAGCUUUAUAUAGUUACAUAUUUUCUUUUAUCAGUCCUGCUUAUCUGUACUUUGUGCUCAUAAUUGUAACCUCGUAUGUGCAUUAUUAUGUGGGUGGGAAGCACGUGAAAAAAAUAUUACCAUCAUUAUUUGGUAUUUCCUGUGUCAGCUCUCUAGGGUCAACUUCAACAAGUGGAGUCUGUUAUAUCAUAGGUCACAGUCUGGUGUGACGAUUUCAGUAACUGACAAUAUUUGAUAAUGGAGCAUCAUUAUAUGUAGGAAGUGUAACAACCUUUAGCCUCAUUAGUGGUCAAUGAUGUACUAUCUUGUGCUGUGUAUGAUUACAUCCUGGCUUGGUGCUUAUGCCCUUAUUUGGUGUUGUCUUAAUCAUUGUAUAAAUAAAAUUGUUCUGUUUAUAAAAUAUAGUCUGUGCUUAUGAUUUGUGUUCAGAGUUCUAUAUUCGUGUUGAAUCAAUAUACUCAAGAUAUCACAAUAGGCAUGUUGUUAUGCAACUGUUAAUUUUCGUGGUAAUUAAGUAAGUCAGUUUUGCGUGCAUUAGUGUUUAUAGGACACACACUAUCGAGCUAGGGGGUGUGUUCUAGACAGCUGGUGCGGUGUAUAAUUUUGUGUGGGGUGGGGUUGGAGGCAUUUUAGGGGUUUGUGUAUAUAAUUACAGUGUAGAAUGCAGGUAAAGUACGUAAUAAUUAUAGAAGUCUCAACAAUGGCUACCAUCCUCAACUAUAAUUAUUUUCAAAUAAUUAUAGUUGCACUAUAGACUAGUCAAAAGAUCAAAAAUUCCUUGGACCAUAGUUUUAGUCUCACGUGUGUGUAUAAAAGUGUUUAUAAUGAAACUGAAAUGCUUUGUAUAUCCUUUGUUAUGACUUUUUGCUUCCAUAUUUGGGCAUGUUACGCCUGUGUUGUUGUAAGUAGUUUAGCUUCUAUAGCCACCAGCUUUGCAUUACUGAAUCAAAGCUGUAAUAGUUGAAGGUGAGCUAAAACUGAUUGCAAUGCAUUUAUAGUAAAUGUAUACUGUCAGAGCUUACUCGCGUGUUGUGCAUUUUUAGUCUGUAAUGAUCACAUGAAUCAGUUUCGGAGUCUGUUGUAUACAUGUUCUCUUUGGGUAUUUGGUUACUCUGUUUUUGGUUGUGUAAAUUUGUGGUCUUAUAUUCUUAUGCUCCUAACCCUCUGUAAUUCUAGGCACACCAAAACAUCUUAACAAUGGCUACCGUCCUCUCAAUGAAGUCCCUGGAGGAGCUCUGUUUCACUCACGUAGCAAUGACACUGGAGCAAUCAAUACUCGACUGACUCUCUGUCACUACUGCCUAAAGGUUUCAGAGUACAGCUACUCCACAAGAUACCAAUUAUUGACGUUUGUCGACUGGAAGAUACCGAAUUGACUACUGCCCUUUGCAGCUCACUAGGAAGUUUAGGGAAAAUAGUAAAUUGCAAAAAACCACUUGAGAUAAGUGUAACAGUUUACAUAAGUAAACCACAAUACUAUAGAGCCCUCUAACCCUUUCCUUGCCAUUCGUGAAAUCUGGAACAGGAGCGUCUUUAGGUCGAUCAAUUAGUGUGGAUCCGGCCUCACCACGCCUCCAUGUCAUUCUAUUAGUCUAGAUCCGGCUAGCAAUUCUAGCUGGGACUCCCAGUUCUAGCUCGUUUUGUUUAGCGUGUCAGAGACUGGGAGAAGAUGAUUGGCACUCCUUGGCUCCUUUGGAUGUACAGCUGUCCAGAUCCCUAGAACAUACCCUCCAUUCUGACGAGUUAUCAGUGCAUAGGGUGCUUACUAGAUUCUUGCCAGCCAGUACAGUUCAAGCUACACACAGCACCGCUCAACUAUUCUCUACCCCAUUAUCUAGCUAAAUCUGGUCCAACUACAUGUAGACAGCAGACACAGCUAGUUAAUUCAGUAAAGCCAGGGGUAGCCCUACUUCUACGGUUGUUCAGUACCCACGGUAACAAUUCCUCGAUCUGGGCUGGGCUAACUAGUUGAGCCACGCCUCCCAAUUCUCAAGGCUAGGUACAUCCGACUAGAAAAACAUUUGCAAUGUGAAAAAUUGCUAGGAUUGGCCAGGGGAACCACAAAAAAGCGUGGGAACAAGAAAUCAGACGAGAGCAUAACUCCAAUCCGUUACAACGUCAAUCACAUGUAUACUGGUAGUUUUCCCAUGUUUUCCCAGCCAAUAUGCCACGCAAUUUUUACUGGUGGAGUGAUGACCAAUCCCUAUAUAUAUUUAUUAUACAUCCAUUUUAGAAUGUGGGGCACAUAAUCAUGAUGAUUUGUGAUGAAUUGAUGUUCCUAAUACAUGCAGUGUUGAGCACAGGUACACACAGUCCAUCCAUGCGUAGUAACAUGCACGGACCGUACUGGUGACUGCAUGGAAUGAUGUGGUGGAUGGAAGCUGAUAGGUGGAUCUGGAACACAGUCUAUUAUUUAAUAUACUAUGUAUUGUACAUGUUCAUGACGUUGUAACGGAUUGGAGUUAUGCUCUCGUCUGAUUUCUUGUUCCCACGCUUUUUUGUGGUUCCCCUGGCCAAUCCUAGCAAUUUUUCACAUUGCAAAUGUUUUUCUAGUCGGAUUCCCUUUCUUUUUCAGUACAGUUUACGUAUCAUGACAUGCAUAAAGUGGAACGUCAAGAGGCAGUACAAGAAGAGAAGACAGGACUAAUCAGAUAUCUUCUGGAAUAUCUCUGGACUAAUAAUUAUAGUAUAAUGAGUAAUAAUUUAUUGCUUGAUAAUUAUGUUGAAUUUGCGAAUCAGUAUUAAAUGACAGCCAUUUUAAGAGCAUGAUAUCUAGCCAGUG